CCUCCGGCGCGGGUGAAACCCCGUGCGGGCGGGCGCCGCGGUCUUUCGGGCCGCCGCCAUUGCGCCAGCAGCAGGUCGGGGUGAGCCCUCGCUCCGCGGCCGCACGCCGGGCUCUGGCCGCCGCAUUCCCCCCGCCUCUCCCCCGCCGGUGCCGGCUUCGCCAUGCAGAUCUUCGUCAAGACCCUCACGGGGAAAACCAUCACCCUCGAGGUUGAGCCUUCGGAUACUAUCGAAAAUGUAAAAGCUAAGAUCCAGGAUAAGGAAGGUAUUCCUCCUGAUCAGCAGCGACUCAUUUUUGCUGGCAAGCAGCUAGAAGAUGGACGCACGCUGUCUGACUACAAUAUUCAAAAAGAAUCAACUCUCCACCUUGUGCUGAGACUUCGUGGUGGUGCCAAGAAGAGAAAGAAGAAGUCUUACACCACUCCCAAGAAGAACAAGCAUAAGAGAAAGAAGGUUAAGCUUGCAGUGCUUAAGUACUAUAAGGUGGAUGAGAACGGCAAGAUCAGUCGUCUGCGCCGGGAGUGCCCCUCUGAGGAGUGUGGAGCUGGAGUCUUCAUGGCUAGUCACUUCGACAGACACUAUUGUGGCAAGUGCUGUCUGACAUACUGCUUCAAUAAACCAGAAGACAAGUAAAUGUACUAGACAAUAAAAAUCUGAAGUUCUGUA